AUGUCAACUAGAGUUAGCAUUGUUGGAGGAAGCCUCAGUGGUGGAUUCAGCAGUGGUAUGGGUCAGUCCAGCAUUGGAAGACAAUCUUUCUCCAGUCGGUCCUAUACCGCCCCGACAAUGAGCCGCACAAUCAGCUCGAGAAGUGUUAAGGCUGGUGGAGGCUAUGGUGCAGGCGCUCUCUCAGUGUAUGGAGGAGGCUUUGGUGGAGGUGCUGGUGCAGGCUUUGGCCUUGGUGGAGGUGCUGGUGCUGGCGCAGGCUUUGGCCUUGGUGGAGGUGCAGGUGGCUUUGUUCCUCCUCCCAUCACAGCGGUCACCGUCAACCAGAGCCUGCUGGCCCCCCUCAACCUGGAGAUCGACCCCACCAUCCAGACUGUCCGCACCCAGGAGAAGGAACAGAUCAAGACCCUCAACAACCGCUUCGCCUCCUUCAUCGACAAGGUGCGCUUCCUGGAGCAGCAGAACAAAAUGCUGGAGACCAAGUGGAGCCUGCUGCAGGACCAGACCACCACCCGCUCCAACAUCGACGGCAUGUUCGAGGCUUACAUCGCCAACCUGCGCAGACAGCUGGACGGGCUCGGCAAUGAGAAGAUCAAGCUGGAGGGAGAGCUUAAAAACAUGCAGGGCCUGGUGGAAGACUUCAAGAACAAAUAUGAAAAUGAAAUCAACAAGCGUGCUGCUGUGGAGAACGAGUUUGUGCUCCUCAAGAAGGAUGUAGAUGGUGCCUACAUGAACAAGGUUGAGCUGGAGGCCAAGGUUGAUGCCCUUCAGGAUGAGAUUAACUUCCUCAGGGCUGUUUAUGAGGCGGAACUGCGUGAACUCCAGGGCCAGAUCAAGGACACCUCAGUCAUUGUGGAGAUGGACAACAGCCGUAACCUGGACAUGGACGCCAUCGUGGCUGAAGUGCGCGCUCAGUAUGAGGACAUUGCCAAAAACAGCCGUGCCGAGGCUGAAUCCUGGUACCAGCAGAAGUUCCAGGAGAUGCAGACCUCUGCAGGCCAAUAUGGAGACGACCUUCGCAAUACCAAGGCUGAGAUUGCUGAGCUGAAUCGUAUGAUCAGCCGCAUCCAGAAUGAGAUUGAUGCAGUCAAGGGACAGCGCGUAAACCUGGAGGCCCAGAUCGCAGAGGCUGAGGAGCGGGGUGAGCUGGCUGUGAAGGAUGCCAAGCUCCGCAUCAGAGACCUGGAGGAGGCCCUGCAGAGAGCCAAGCAGGACAUGGCCCGCCAGGUCCGUGAGUACCAGGAACUCAUGAACGUCAAGCUGGCCCUGGACAUUGAGAUCGCCACCUACAAGAAACUGCUGGAAGGAGAGGAGACCAGAAUUGCCUCUGGUGGUGGAUCUGCCACCAUUCAUGUCCAGAGCUCAAGCAGUGGUAAGUGUGAUGAUGACUACUGAAAUGAUCAGAUAACUUUUAAAUGUUUUAUUGGUCAGAAUUCUUGCCAUCUAAUCUCAUCUGAAACCAUCUCAUUCUCAUCAGGUGCUGGCAGUGGAAUGGACAUGGGCAUCAUCGGUGGUGGUAUGACCAUGGGCAGCAGCAGCGGCGCUGGAAUCAGCAGCAGGAGCAGCUACAGCGUCAGCCGCUCAAGACGCUACUAAACACAGCAGUUGUCUGUCCUCCACAUGUUCCACAGUCAGAAUAUGCUCAGGUUGAAAUCAGUGAACACGUAACGAUCACAGCCGGCAGAUCCAUGUAAUAGUACAGUUCCCUUUGACAUCUGCUUCCCUCUUAAGCACCAUAUAAAGUCUCAGAAAGUUAGAGAAUACAGUGAAAUAUAAGGAGAGAUUUCAAUACCAAAAAUGUUCAGCAGCAGAGAUGUGAGUCUGUUCACUCUUCCUCUCAUCAGUCAGCCUGGCUGUCUUUUAGUUGCUGGUUCUCUAUCAUGUAGACAAGAGCAUACUUGUAGUGUCAAGACGGAGAAUCCUCCCAAGGCAACAAUCAUUACACACACAAUGGCAGCAGCAGUGCACAGAUUUGGAUUAUGGAGCUUCAGAUGCCAUGCUGGUCACUUCAAGUUGAUAACAGAUAUGAAAGACACCCAUAUAAUGUUACAACUAUAACUUUGUCUGCUCUGUUCUGCAAUAAGUGCUCUAUUGUCUGCCAUCUUGUUUAGUGUUUUGACUCCACCAAAAGCAGCCAUACACAACACUCCUACAGUGGCAACCCAUUCUAUGGGAUUUUCCUUUUUGUUUCUACUUCUCUUCUCCCUUUCUAAGGGAAAAAUGGGUUCUCCACUAAGGUUAGGAAGCAGUGUUUAUAUCCGACUUUUCUUUCCUUCUUAUUCUGAACAACAAAUGGAAAAGGCUGACUUGUACUACCAGAUUUGUUGAAGGUUAUUGAAUGUGUACCACCAAACAAUCCUAAAUAAAUCUGAGUUCUAUAUUCAUGA